AUGGUGGGAGUCACCAGAAAGGGUGAAGAAGGCUUGUCUUGUGCCUACCUCAACUAUUUUCAGACCUGCGGGCUAACUUUCCCCAUCCCCCUCUUUCUGCUCAACAUACUCAAGUUCCUCGGGCUGGCCUUCCCUCAAAUGGUCCCAAACUUUGUCUGUUACGUCAUUGGGACGUAUGUCCAUUCCUACGAGGACGAGAUGGACCUCAGCCCCAGCCAGUUCUUCGAUUUCUAUGUCGCUAGAGCCAGCUCCUCGGUGAAGGGCUCCUUCUACCUCACUCCCAGGGAAAGGCGAGGGAUCGUCGUCUUUCCCAACAAAUACUCCCACCGGGAUACCAACUGGCAGAAGAAAAAUUUCUUCUUCCGGGUCUUACCGGAGACGGUAUCAUCACUGGACGCCUUUCGCCGGAUUUUGACUCUCUUGUCUAUGUCUUAUGAUCUAAUUGACACUCCUUGCGUAGGGAACACUUCCUCGGCCUCUCUCACGGUAGCAACGUCCUCCAAGCUAACGCUGUUCCGGAGGGGCAACACCGAUUGGGAGUCCUUCAUGUCCAUUCGGGUCAGGAUAGCCUAUCACCGGCACGCCCGGCAACGAGUUGCUCUAGCCGAACUGGCGUGUGCCCCGGUCGCCGCUGCCCCUGCUCGGGCGGUGGCUUUACUCGGGAUUUCCAUCAGACCUCCAGCGGCUGAACCCUCAAUCAGCCAGCAGACUCGCAUGCGGGCCGCCCAUACGGGGCCUUCGAGCUCCGCCCCGACCUCGGGGUUACCAACCAAAAGGGUAGCUCCUGUGGCGAUCCCUCCCACCGCUGAUGACGCUGGCUCUUCUUCGACCACCCCGUCGGGAGAGCGUCUAAAGAGGAGGAGGAGGGUACCAGUCGUGGAUAGGGCCGCGCCUUCCAUCCCUAGAGGCAGUGGCGAUUCCACGACUUCAGCCAGGAGGAUGCGGACAAUUCUUUUCAAUCCGGCGAGAAGUUCUUCCAAGGAGACGGGAUCCUCUAUGGAUGGUGGCGGCGCCUCACCCAGGGGCUCGGAUCCUCUGGGAGCGUCUGAGAGGUUCCUCUGCCGGUUCUCCUUGUCGCAGCUCCGGUCGAACCUACGACUCCCCCGCUACCUUACAAGGAACCGGCUCUUCCAGCCACGAGCCCUUCUCGUGAAUCUCCCCGCCCCGAGGGAUCGUAUCAUCCCCCAAGGGAGGUUGCGAGGACUUCCGCAGCGUGGGAUUCUCAGGGAAGAAGGGCUCCAGGGGAGUCUGAGCAGCUUCCUGAGCAGCUUGAGCAGUCUUCUCCUUUUCUUCCUCCUCCGCAAGAGUCUGGUCUCGAGUUCUACGAGAGGUGGCUCGGGAUGA